GCUAGUUACCCCGGAAUUGGCCAUGUUGGACAUUGAGCGUUGAAUUUUUCGUCAGCACGAAAACGGGGUCUUUCCAUCCGCAUUUUGUCUGCCGUUGCCCUUUCUUCCACUGCAUCCAGGAGAGGGAGCUGCUUCCCAGAUCGCGCACAGAAAAAAAUAACCCGAAACCAGCAGCAGUCGAUUGAUUCCUUGCCCUUUGGGGCUGUGUGUGUGUCUCAGAACAAAACGAUCCGAAGAGAGGAGGAGAACCCCAUGAAGAGGAGCAAGCGUCGGCCGCGAUGAUCGAGUCCGAGAACUUGCGUACAGCGUCGCUGUACAUCAACAACCAACUGCUGUCCCGCGGCUUGCUACGCGAUGGCAACGGCAUCGACUUUGCCCAUCCGGGCGACACCGAUGCCGAGGUGGCCGAGACCAUGAGCCGCGUCAUGGCUGUCAUCAAUGACCUGAUUUUGCGGCGAGAUCGCGACGCUGAACAUCGCGAGUCCCUCUCGACCACCCUGCGGACCCUCCGUGCCGAGUCCCUACGGCAGGCCAACGACAUCCAGCGCCUGCAGGAAAAGUACGCCGAGGCGCAGCGGAAGGUUGGCUUGAGCGAAGCGGCCGAGGCAGCGCUCCGCACAAAUCUCAAGGCGUCCGAGGCGACCGUUCACCGCCUGAAGGAGGAGGCCGCUCGCACGAAAUCGCUCGUGGCCCAGACGCGGGCCUCCUGCGCCAACGAGGUGCGCAAGCGCGACCGCCAGAUUGAGAGCCUCAAGAAGGCCGUCACCGAAGCCGCCCGCGCGAGGGGGGCCGGAAAGGGAACGGGUGUCACAAGCAUCACAGUGGUCGGCGAUACCGGUUCAGAAGCCGAGCAUGGCUCGCGGCCUUGCGGCGCUGACGGGCAGAAUUGUGACCUUCGCACGGAAACUAACGCUUUCCUGGCCGAGCUGGCAAGAAGUCUCAGCGAGGAGAACGAGGGGCUGCUUCAAUUGAUCCGGCGGACGACCGAGCAGCUCAAGGAGAUGAGCGGCUGGGACGUCGUCAAUGGCAAUCCGCCCGAAAACGGGGACGGGCAUGCCCUGGCCCUGGCCUCCAAUCCUGCCGAUCUGUCGAUCGAAGUGGAUGCGGUGCUCGAACACCUCCGCACCAUCCUGACGAACCCGUCCUUUGUCCCUAUUGAGGAGGUCGUCGUGCGUGAGGACGAGAUCCACAGGCUGCGCGACGGCUGGGAGAAGAUGGAGACUCGCUGGAAGGAGGCCGUCCAUCUCAUGGACGGCUGGCGCAAGAGGAUGCAGGCGAGCGGUCGGCCCGUUAAUGUUGAAGAGCUGAAGAUGGGUCUACGACUCAGCCCGGUAAAGGUGAAGAAUGUGGAGGAAACAUCCCACGGUUACGCUCUGCGUUUGGGAGACGGCUCCGAGAACGAGGAGGAGGAAGACGAUCCCCAACCACACUGCGACGAAGGGCCGUUGGAUCUGGUUCCCCACCGGGGAGCCGAUGAUGACGGCAGCGAUGCCUCUAGCAUGUUUGACCACGACGUCGAUGUCGACGAUCUGGACGUGGAGGAGCCAAACGUUGAGAUCCUACAACAAUCGAUCAUGCUGCCAUCGGCGCCAAUGCCCUCUCCGCCAGAGCUCAGCCCGCUGCGUGACUCCUUCACGGCCGCAAACAGAGGCGAGCGCCCACACAACAGGAAGCCGCCAAAGGGCUUCCCGACCAUUGCGGAAGAGAACGCCCGGAGCAUUGACGCAGAAGAACCUCCCCUACCACCGCCCCACCUUGAGAGGUUACAGCAGUCACCGCACAGGAAGCCGAUCCUGUCGCUGCGCACGGUGCCUCCAGAAGAGGCCGCGAAAGUCGAGCUUCCGCCUUCUGCCGCUGUUUCUACGCCAGACACCUCGGUAGAGACCAUGCCCCUGAAUAAGGCUGCCGACGAGCGCACGUCGAAAAAGUCCGCUGCCGCUGCCCCUGCGGCGAAAGCCCAAAAGCGUGUACCACCCACUACCAGGAACAGGGAGCCCUCCAAGAAGGUUGACCCUGUCAAGAUCGCCGAGGCCGCCAAGAAGGUCGAGCCCUCCAAGAGGGAGACUACGAGGAGGGAGGUCAUUAGGAAGGAGGAGGGGGAGAAGGCAAAGAACACGUCGAAGCCGCCAGCAAAACCCCGGCCCUCUCGUCCUCCGAUUACUCGGGGGAGGUCGGAAUCUCGGCCGGACGAGCACUCGAGCCACAGCGCCAGACGGCCGCGUGCCGCCUCGGCCACGUCGGCUGCGUCAGUGAGAUCCACCGGCACGAACAGGAGUACAGCAAACAGGAGCGCAAACAAGAGUCCAAACAAGAGCGCAAACGCCGAACCGGCCAAACGCCCUCCAUCCCCGUCAGCCCCUGCUGCGGGCCCAUCACCCGCGCCUUCACCGAGCCGCUCCCCGAAGCGCGUAAACUCCCGCCUACCACUCCCCCGCCCCGGUUGUAACAAUGCGCUCCCGGCGCCGCAGCAAUCGCCCCUGAAUAUGGAGGCCAUCACGGCCAAGCUUGCCGCCUCGGAACGCGAGGCUGACGCAGCCCGGGUACGAGCCAAGCUGAAAGCCGCCCGCCUUGGCAAGGGGGUGAACCUCCCCCCAUCAGGCGCGACGACAGCUGCGGGCUCGACCGAAUUCGCGGACACGGAUUUCAACCCCGCAGAUGCCGCCACCGCUGCGAUCAGCACUCGCUCCGAAAGCGACAGUGCCACGACAGGAACCGCGUCCACGUCGGCCUCGACGUCAGACGGUGCGCCGCCCAGCUGCACUAGCACCGCCACAACCGCGACCGCGGCCGGAGAUGAGGACGCGGAUGAGCUGGGGUUCUCACCGCCGGUGAAGGCGCCUCAGCCGGGGCGGUCGCAGGCGCAGAAGCAACAUGAGCGAAGGCGGCAACCACAACCGCAACAACAACAACAACAACAACAACAACAACAAGAACAACAACAAGACCGAGAACGAGAGCAGCAGCAGAGGCAGCACCAACAACAGAAACAAGUUGUGGACACCGACCCGAAAAAGUCUCCUGUCCGUAAGAGGGAGAGGAGGACGAGCAGGGUAGCAUCCCGCAGGCGGAGUACGCUCAACCCGUGGGAGUUGGACGCGUUAAUACAGGGGGGAAAUGUCACAGUUGGACGGUAGCGGCUGAUGAGUGUCCAUCCGGUGUUUGGUUCGUGUUGUGAGGGAACGGCUUCAUCUGCUCUUUGGUCUUUUGGGAUCUGCGUUUUUGCUUCUGUUUUUUGGCGGUUUGUCCACGAAGAAAGACCGGGAGGAGUAUUUUCCUCCC